UAAAUAUUAAAAUAAAAACGGGUCCGCCUGUCAAAGGAGAAAUUAUAGCAUACUGAAUGAAUUUGUCACGUUGUAAUUUCACUUGCAUAUAAUCGUUUUCUCUCCAUCCUAUUUUGCAAGCAUCCAAGCUCUCUGCUUCUUCCAUCCCCCACCCAAAAAAAAUUGAUGGAGUCUGCCACACAAAACCAGAAGCUAAAAGCCCACGUUCUGAUCUUCCCCUUACCUUUCCAAGGCCACAUAAACACCAUGCUCCGCCUAGCCGACGCCCUCUCCUUCGCCAGCGGACUCCGCAUCAGCUUCAUGAACACCGAACGCAACCAGCGCCUCUUCAGCGUAUUCUCCCCUUCCCCAUACUCUCGCUUAACCCACCGCCCCAAUUUUCGCUUCAUUUCAAUCCCCGACGGCCUCCCCGACGACAAACCUCAAUCCGGGCAUCAAGUGCUGGAGCUAUUACAAUCGAUCAGAACCCACUCGGUUGAUUACUUCCGCGCGCAGCUUCUCGCAGGCCGGAACAGAGACUCCGACGGCUGGCCGCCCGUUACCUGCGUUAUCGUGGAUGGAGCAAUGCCCUUUGCCAUGGAUGCCGCUCAGGCUUUGGGAAUCCCUGCGAUUGUAUUCCGAACUAUUAGUGCGUCUUCACUUUGGGUUUAUCUUCGCUUUCCACAGAUGAUAGAGGCCGGCGAACUCCCUUUUCCGGCCGAUGCGGACCUUGAUGAACCCAUAAAAAGCGUGCCGGCCACGGAAAGCUUUCUCCGUCGUCGUGACCUCCCCACAAUGUGUCGAAAAGCAACAAAAGCCGAAGACGAAGAGCUUAGGUUUUUCGCUGAAGUCUCCGCCAGCGCCAUAAGGUCGGAAGGACUAAUCCUCAACACUUCAAACUUCCUCGAAGCUCCGGUUCUCUCUCAAUUGCGCUCGCUCUUUCCCAACGCUUACGCCGUUAAUAGUAGAUUGGUUGGGGAGGUGUGGAAGGUUGGUUUGGAUAUGAAGGAUGUGUGUGGCAGGGAGAUGGUGGAGAAGAUGGCGAGGGAGGCGAUGGAGGGGGAGAAGGCGGAGGAACUUCUGCAAGUGGCGAAGAAAAUGGCGGUGGAGAUUGGGAGGAGCGUGGGGGAAGGUGGGGAUUCCAGGUUGGACUUGGAGAGGUUGUUAAGGGACAUUUUGUCAUUAAGCGGGCGUGCAUCUGGCGCGACGACGAAUGACCAGUUUGACAGUGCGGCGGCAGGAGUACCGAUGUUGUGUUGGCCGUGGGCAUGGGAUCAGCAGGUUAAUAGUAGAUUGGUUGGGGAGGUGUGGAAGGUUGGUUUGGAUAUGAAGGAUGUGUGUGGCAGGGAGAUGGUGGAGAAGAUGGUGAGGACGGCAAUGGAGGAGGAGAAGGCGGAGGAGCUCCUGCAAGUGGCGACGAAAAUGGCGGCAGAGAUUGGGCGGAGCGUGGGUGUAGGUGGGGAUUCCAGGUUGGACUUCGAGAGGUUGUUAAGGGACAUUUUGUCAUUAAGCGUGCGUGCAUCUGGCGGCGACGAGGACGAAAGACCAGUUUGACAUAGCCAUUUGUUAGUUUCUGCUUUUAUUAUUGUUGA